AUGAAGGGUGUCGCUAUCAUUUCCGGCCUUUUGGCCAGCACUGUGUCAGCUCACAUGCAGUUGAGCACUCCCUACCCCAUCCGCAGUCCUUUGAACAAGGACGCCAAGGGCCAGAAGGACUACUCCUACACCAACCCUCUGUCAAGCUCUGGCAGUGACUACCCUUGCAAAGGAUACGCCAAGGACGACUUCGAGGCCGUCGCAACAUGGGAACCCGGUUCCUCUCAACACAUGGAGUUGGAGGGCAGCGCUACCCACGAUGGUGGCUCAUGCCAGCUAGCCCUGACCUACGACCAGGGUAAGACCUUCAAGGUCAUCGAGUCAAUUGAGGGCGACUGCCCCAUCGCCAAGAAGUACGACUUUGACAUUCCUUCCGACGCACCCACUGGUGAUGCCCUCUUUGCUUGGACUUGGUUCAACAAGGUCGGAAACCGCGAGAUGUACAUGAACUGCGCCAUGAUCACCAUCGGUAGCUCAGACAGCCGUAGCGCUAACGGUACUACUACCGAGAAUGAGAAGCGUGAUGAGAUGGAGGCCCCCAAGCCAGCAACUAAGGAGAUGGAAGCCCCCAAGCCGGCAUCUAAGGAGAAGCCCAAGGCCAUGGAGCACAGCAAGAACAACAAGGCUGCGAAGAGCAGCUUCGACAGCCUCCCUGACCUCUUCGUUGCCAACGUUGAUCAGACUGGCAAGUGUGUCACCACCGAGGGCGAGGCUGUUCACUUCCCCAAGCCCGGCCCCAAGCUUAUUGGAGAAGCCAAGGGCCCCGGUUACAAGUGCACCGAGAAGGCUCCUUUCCUCAGCGAAGAUGCCGGCUCCUCCGACAAGAACUCCACUACUACCAGUGACAAGAUCGCCAACUCUCCCAAGAAGGAUACCCCUGCCGCCGGCGACAAGACCGCCAAGAUUGCCCAGCCCUUCGGUAGCGCCGCCCCGGCCCCCGCUCCCGCCGCCGACUCUCGCACCCUUGGCACCGAGGCCUCCACUAGCAACCACUUCAGCCACUACGUUGGCAAGUUCAAGUGCACUGAUGGUGAAUUGCUUUGCUCUCCCGAUGGAUACACCUUCGCCCUUUGCAACUUCGGUCGCCCUGUCUUCAUGGGCCCUGUCGCUGCUGGCACUGUCUGCCGUGGCGGUGAAAUCAUUGCUGCUCACUAA